AUGGCUAGUGGGAAAGGAGUGGUAGUUGUGGGUGCACUGGCACUCCAGACCAACUCAGUGAAGCGGGAUAUGUUCGGAAGCAGCCAAAUGGCAGAGAGGGAGGCAGGGAGAGAGGAUGAGCUGGAAGCUGCUGAAGCCCCAGAUGAGGCCGUGAAACCCUGGAAGGGAGCAUUGCUGACUAAGGAGGAAAAGAUGGCAUACACAGAGAAGGCUCGUAAGUGGAAUGAAAAGAAACGCUCUCAGAAGACAGUGAAAGAGACAUGUAAUCUGGCCCAUCCGGUUCCUGCUUGUCCGACCACAAAGAUGCCCAGUGUUACUUCUCUUCCAGAUGCCUCUGCUAUGUCUUGGAAGAAUGAUCAGGCUGUGGUUGCAGAAAUCUUCUACUUCCUGAACAUUUACAGCCAUGGCAAAUUGCCAUCCCACUGUGAACAGCGCUUCCUUCCUUGCGAGAUUGGGUGUGUCAGGUACUCCCUACAGAAUGGCAUAAUGGCUGAUUUCCAUCACUUCAUAGAUCCAGAAGUACCACCACGUGGUUUUCGGUACCACUGCCAGGCUGCUAGUGAAGCAGCUUGUCACAGACUUCCUAUAUCUGGAUUUAAUCUUUCAUGUACUUCUUACGCAGUUGUCUUACGGGAGCUUCUUGAGUUUGUCCAGCCAGCCAGCAGUGUUCGGCCUCACUUUUACUGCAGGUCUAAUGACAGAUUCCGAAUUAACUGGUGUCUCAAUCGAAUGGCUAGCAUAACAGGCAUUGAGAGCUACCUGGAGAUUCUUGCAGUAGAAGACCUGGUAAUAGAACUGUACCGGAAGAAAUACCAAAAGGAGCCAUCCAAGACUUGGGUGUGUAGAGAACUGGAUGUAUUCCUGUGGGAUUUCUCCAGUAAUACCAGGUGCAAGUGGCAUGAAGAGAACGAUAUACUCUGCUGUGCUUUGGCAUCCUGUAAGAAAAUUGCUUACUGCAUCAGUAAAUCUUUAGCUAAUGUGUAUGGAGUCUCACUGACAGCAGCUCACCUACCUCUUCAAGACUCUGAUUAUGGUGAAAGCAGAAAUACCAAGAUGGUGAUACUGGAUGCUGGACGUUUUCAGAAAAUGAAGGCUGAGGGUUCUGGAUGCAACAGACAUUUCGCUUCUCCAAGUCAGGAUCAAGAGCUUGUCCCUUCUAAUUGUGAUUCUCCAUGUGGUGUGAAGACUUCUCUUUAUGGAACAAGUACCAUGAGAGGAAGAGGAAUUACUCGAUUGUUGAAAAGUGCAUCUGAUCUAUCCAAGUCUUUCAGUAAUUGA